UCUACACACAGAGAUCUAAUUUUCGUUUGCAUUUCCAAAACAAAUUUAGACAGCUCACUCAUCACACGUUGGUAAAAGAAAAGAUCAUGCAUUCCGAAUAAUGCACUUGUUGCAUACAACCUCACUAUAUACAUCACUUUCUCUUCUUCUGUUAGAGCCGCUGCCAGUUUCAAGAGCUUUUAAGAUAAUUUUAAUGUAUGCUCCCUGCGAUAGCUACCUGACUAAUCUGCUCCACCUAGUUCACAGAGCUAUACGAGAGCACUACGAGUUUCAUGAAGAUACUCAGAUGAGAGAAAAACCCAGGCAUCUAAUCCAUCAUGCUCGGCAUGAUUUGAGCAAUGCCUGCAUGUGGGUACUUCAAAGGACAGUGGCCGUGAUCGCUGUUUCCAAUGCAACAAAAAUUUGGAAAGGAAUAGACGUCACAGCACACCAUUACAAUCUUCCGCAUCUGGUGACGCCCCAGUUUUGCAACUGCAGUCGAAAAUUUCCGAAAUCACAAAGACAUUCACGUCUUUUGGAUUUCCCAGUUAUUAGACUCACCUUUACUAACUUUUGA